AUGAAAAAGACUAGCAAAAUCCUUAGAAGUAUUUAUAAUUAUCAAAUCUACAAUUAGAUUAACAUCCUAAAUAUUUCUCAUAAUAUCGGUUAUCUGGACAUAAUGGGCAAAUAUUUUAUUUUGGUAUUUCAUAAUAACAAGCUUAACACUAGUUUUAUUCUGGGCCUGUACAUGAAGAACAAGAUGGAAAACAUUAAAAUUAAUAUCCUGAUAUUCCUAUAUUUCUGAUUGAAACCUACCCAUUAUUAUUAUCAGAUUUUAUGAAUUUUAAAUAACCCCAACCUGAAUUUGUUAAAGUUAAAUUUAUUGUCAUUACAUCUGUUUCAAGUGAAUCACAAAAUCCUUUUGUAAUUGGAUAUUCAGUUGGAGCAGUAUAUUUUUUUUUUUAAAUAAAGGAUCCAAUUUCUAAUACUACCUCAUUGUUUGUCCACGUACCUUAAAAAUAUAAAUCAAAUGAUAAGAAAUCUCCUUUUGUCCAUGAAUUUUGA